GUCCAUUGUAGCAUUUAAGCCAAGGGAAAAAUUACUUGGGGAACCUUCUAUUUUUCGAUUAUGGAUGUUCGUAGAUGAAGAAUAUGAUGACCAGGUGGAUAAACAAGGGACUUUUUUCUUUUCUUGAAAUUAUCUUUUUCUGACACUCUCUAAGACGUUUGAGUUGGAAUGAUUUAGGAUAAACAAGUACGAAAUAAUUAUGAAUAUUUUUCCGCGUUAUGGAAAUGUCUCAGAAAAGAAAAUCAUGUCGCUAUUGUUUGGAUGAAAGGAGAUAAUUAUGCUGCAAUUGAACCACCUCCAAGUACAGAUAAUCAAGAGGAUCCAAAGGAGAAUGAUUUAUUCAUGUAUUUCACUAUAUAUAAAUCAGAAAAUGGAAAGAAUUUAUUAUCAGAACCAUCAACAUCAGUAACACCACCACCACCAAAAAGUUAUGUCGCUGGACAUAAUAUAGAUUUACCAACACCAGAACAUAUUGAGAGUCUAUUAAAUAAGAUGUCGCGUUAUCUUACGAAUUUACCAAAUGAUGCUGUAAAAUUAAAGAAUGUGGUUGAACAAAUGCAAAAAAUUAUAGAAAUUUUCAGUUAUAAACCACUCAGAGAACAUGUUGUAGAUAAAUUACAUGAUGUCAGAAUUCAAAGUGUGGAAAUUGAGAAUAGACAAAUAUUGGCCGAAUGCUUAGUAACAUUAGGCGAAGAAACAGUGUCAGAAAAUGAUGAUGAUCAGCUAGAAAUUAUGGAUUAUGAAGAAUUUGAAUCUAGAGAAGAUGAAUAUGACGAUGAUGUAGAUGAUAAUAAACAACCUAGUCCUGCCCCUAUCAACCCAUUAUCUCUUGAUAAUUUAUUAAAUUGAUGAAAAUGAGAAAAGUGAGAUGAUGUUCAAAUAAAUUAUUUAACGAUUACAAUUUGUAAAUAACAAAUAAUUAUAAUAAAAUUUUGUAACCUUGUAC